GGUAAAACUAACCCUCGAGCCAAGUCCGAGCUACCGGCUUCUUUACCUGCUUUCGAGUGGCAAGUUACUGGCGAUUCUGGUUUAGGUGGCCUUAUGACUCAAGAAAAUAAUGUCAUAUCACCCCCAGAUGAUGCCAUAUUUGGGACCACAAAUGAGCGUAAAAUUCCUGUUAAGAGAGCUCCAAUAGUAAACAAUGGUCGAACUUCAAAUGUUGAAUCUAGUCGAAUACGUUUGAUGCAAAUAAUUGAGAAUGUAGAUGCUCGAAAUAACUUUCAGGAAUAUUUAAAAUCUCAAUAUUGUGAAGAAAAUUUGGACUUUUACAUGGAUGUUGUACAAUAUCGUGAACUUUUCUCAUCUGAGAUUGACAUAAAUAAUGAUAGAGAAAUAAGUUCAACUGCAAAAUACAUAUGGAAUUAUUAUUUAGAUUCUGACACAUCGUCAAAACCUUUAAAUGUUCCACAGGAUCUCGCAAAUCAAU